AUGAAGGACAUCACAGACCCGUCUGAUUUCAAACAUACGGCCAUUCCAAACUUGGCGGAACUUGAUGUUUUGGAAAGGUGUUACAUAUGCAAAGAGUUUUUUCGGGCACCAGUCAUAACUGGAUGUCAUCACACCUUUUGUUCGCAAUGUAUUCGUGAGUACUUGAUAACGAAUAACCUAUGUCCAUUAUGCAAAACGGAAGUCUAUGAAAGUACUUUAAAGCGGGAUGUCUUGUUGGAGGAGAUUGUUGAAUGCUACAAGAAAAUCAGACCCCUACUAUUGAAAAAUCUUGAUGAGAAGGAUCAACAAAAGAAGCGACAAAGGGAGGUGAGUGUUGAAAUAUCGGACAGCGACUCAGAAGUGGAAGUAGUUGAUGCCAAAAAGGCAAAGACCUCCACUGAGGUCCCAGAUAUAAAGCCACCAUCAGCUAGCAAGGAAGAGUCCGCACCAGAUUUAGUUGAAUGCCCCAUUUGUUCAAGGAAAAUGGAUGCAGAAAGAUUACAAACAGUUCAUAUUGACGCUUGCUUGAGUGGAAAAGACGAGCCCCCUCCGGUUCGUAAUGGUAAUGGGAGGUCCUCUAUAUCAUCGUUUUUCACUCCCGUCAAGUCCGCAUCUCCCACACCAACACCAUCAAUAACGAAAUCACACCCUGCUCAACAGCGACAACCAUCAGAAGAGCUCAAGCCGGCCCCAAAACGUUUACAAAAGUUGGAUUUUGCAUCUCUAAGUACACCAAAACUCAAAGCAAAGAUGGCGGCUUUGAAACUUCUGACUUUUGGCACAAGACAUCAAUUGGAGUUGCGAUACAACAAGUUUUUUGUAUUACAUAAUUCAAAUUGCGAUAGUCAAUACCCGGUGCCUCAACAUGCACUACGUCAGCAACUUAAGCAAUGGGAGGUGUCAAAUCCAGUUUUCACAAAUAAUGGGCUGCUACGAUACAAUGAUGAUAUUUUGGAUUCGAAUUUCUCAUCUACUGAGUGGUUGAAGAAAUAUGAUGCUGAGUUCAAAGAGCUUGUAAAACAAGCAAAGGGAAAUGCUAGUUAG